AUGGUCAGACUAUGGAACAAGUCAGCCAGCUCUCUAGCGUUGGAGAUGAAACAAUUUCUCCUAACUCAGUUUAAAGUUUAAACCCACUCCUCAGAAAUAUUACACUGAGGACCGAUUAAUUUUGGACUGAGGAGUUACCUUUUUUAUGUAUCGGCACAUCAAGCUUUGUUGUUUCUUGGUUGGUGAAGCAUGAAAUUCUCCUUCAAAGUUUUCACAGGACCACCAUCCCGGUGGUCCCUCGAGCUCAUGGACCUCUCCGGACCACCACCAGGACCCGCAGACUCACCCCGUUGCUCCAACCGGGCCAAAAAAAAGACUAGAGGACGCCACCAGACCGAGCCACCUGAACCAAUCCAUGAACCACCUUCCUCAAGACCCUUGCCACUGAGGCCAGAAGAACCUCUACCACCACGCUCUGGCAGGCCAUUGCUAUUAAGCCCUGAAGAUCAACAACGACCUCCACACCAUGGUGGCUAUAAACCUGAACCAAGUCCAUGGUGGACAGCUCAAACACGACCAGCAUCUCAUCAACCAGGCUCGAAGAGGACCGAACCCAUGAAACUUUCGGCUACAGUCUGCUGUGCAAUUCUCCUGAUCAUCCUGAUUCUUUCCGGUCUCAUCCUCCUCCUCGUCCACCUCAGCAACCGUCCAAACUCACCAUACUUCGACAUCUCAGCAGCAACACUAAACACCGCGAAUCUCGACAUGGGCUACUCCCUAAACGGAGACCUCGCCGUUGUGGUAAACUUCACAAACCCGAGCAAGAAAAGCAACGUGGACUUCAGCUACGUGAUGUUCGAGCUCUUUUUCUACAACACGCUCAUAGCGACGGAGCACAUCGAGCCGUUCAUUGUCCCGAAGGGAAUGUCGAUGUUCACGAGCUUCCAUCUCGUGAGCAGUCAGGUCCCUAUUGAAAUGACUCAGAGCCAGGAGUUGCAGCUGCAGCUCGGAAACGGUCCUGUGUUGCUGAACCUGAGAGGAACGUUUCACGCGCGCUCGGACCUCGGGUCGUUUAUGAGAUACUCUUAUUGGUUGCACACCCGUUGCAGCAUCUCGUUGAAUAGCCCUCCUUCAGGGUACAUGCGAGCAAGAAGAUGCAUUACCAGACGCUAGCUUUCUGAUAAAGACCGAGUGGCGAGUAUAUUACUCUUUUUUUUUUUUUGUUUGAUGCAUUUGAUAAUUACAUAGAACAAAUAGAUAGUUCUUUUUUUUUUUUGUAAUGUUUUGUAUGAUUUCAUAUUUUUCUGCUAAAUUUAGAAAAAUAAAUAAACUAAACCGCAAGGGAAAAUGCAUUUCAUAGUGUAUUUUGAAUAAUAGUAUUGAUCCAAAAUUUUAUUUAAUUUCAUAACUUUUCUAUGAAUAAUAGUAGGCCUGAGCAUUUUAACCUGGACCCGAAAACCCGAACCGAAACCGACCCAAAAAUACCCGAUCCGGAACCGGACCGAAAAUUUACAAGUACCUUUUGG